UUACACAAACAAACUAUGACUUGCAUCAAGUCAACACCACCUACGUCUGUUUUGCCUGUUCUUCUUCAGCCAUCUCAAUUCAUCAUGCUACAACCUACACCUAUUCCAUAAACAUGGCGGUGUGUGAGGUGCAGUUAGUAAUUAUUGAAGUGCAAGAAGCAAAACUCUCACCUGUAUGACAUGAAAUCUAGCCCAGACCAGGUGAGGAUCAGGCCCAAAACUAUGUGUGUGUCCAGUUGAAUUGGCGGGAGUGUAGUAUCAGUUUAUUCCGAUAUCAAUGUCAGAACUUUGAGGCUUCCGACUUUGAGACCUUACGGUGGUUUCUCUUCCUCUCCUCCCCAACAUGGAGACCGUUCCCUCUGUUCUCAAGAAAUACUUUGGGUUUUCUCAUUUUCGGCCUUAUCAGAGAGAAGUUAUUGAGAAAAUUAUCGAGAGAAGGGAUUGUUUGGUAGUCAUGGCUACUGGUAGUGGGAAGUCCUUGUGCUAUCAGGUACCUCCCUUGGUUGUUAAAAAGACUGGGAUAGUUGUGAGCCCUCUCAUAUCGUUAAUGCAAGACCAGGUGAUGGCUUUAAAACAACGAGGUAUUAGAGCUGAAUAUCUUGGAAGUGCUCAGAAGGAUUUCACUGUGCACUCUAAAGCCGAACGUGGUCAAUUUGACAUUCUGUUCAUGACUCCUGAGAAGGCAUGCACAGUUCCUACCAGUUUCUGGACCAACUUACUAAAGGCUGGAAUUAGUCUUUUUGCUGUUGAUGAAGCCCAUUGCAUAUCGGAAUGGGGACAUGAUUUUAGGGUGGAAUACAAGCAUUUAGACAAGUUACGUGAGGUCUUGCUUGAUGUUCCUUUUGUUGGUCUAACUGCGACUGCUACUGAAAAGGUUCGAUUUGACAUCAUCAGUUCCCUGAAGAUGGAUAACCCUUAUGUUACGAUUGGUUCAUUUGAUCGCACAAAUCUUUUCUAUGGUGUCAAACUAUUGAACCGUGGACAAUCUUUUAUUGAUGAGCUUGUGCGGGAAAUUUCAAAAGAAGUUGCUACUGGUGGUUCAACAAUAAUUUAUUGCACAACAAUCAAAGAUGUAGAGCAGGUAUUCAAGUCAUUUACAGAAGCAGGCAUUGAGGCAGGAAUGUACCAUGGCCAAAUGAAUGGAAAAGCUCGAGAGGAGUCUCAUAGAUUAUUUGUUAGAGAUGAACUGCAAGUCAUGGUGGCCACCAUUGCUUUUGGCAUGGGCAUAGAUAAACCUAACAUUAGACAAGUGAUUCACUAUGGUUGCCCUAAAAGUCUAGAAUCCUACUACCAGGAAAGUGGACGAUGUGGUAGAGAUGGUAUAGCUUCUGUUUGUUGGCUUUAUUACACAAGAAGUGACUUUGCAAAGGGCGACUUUUACUGUGGAGAUGUAAAAUCAGAAAAACAAAGAAAAGCUGUUAUGGAGUCAUUGCUCGCAGCUGAACGCUAUUGUGUGCUGACAACUUGCAGAAGAAAGUUCUUGCUUGAAUACUUUGGGGAAAAAAUUUCAGCUGAUAGAUGCGGGAACUGUGAUAAUUGCAAAGUCUCAAAGAAGGAGCGAGACAUGUCAAGGGAAGCAUUUCUUCUAAUGGCUUGCAUUCAUUCAUGCAAUGGCAGAUGGGGCCUUAAUAUGCCUAUUGAUGUCCUGCGCGGGUCUCGAGCCAAAAAAGUUCUCGAGGUUCAGUUUGAUAAGCUUCCACUUCAUGGGCUGGGGAAAAAUUAUCCAGCAAAUUGGUGGAAAUCACUUGGGCAUCAAUUGAUUUCUCAAGGUUAUCUGAAGGAGACUGUUAGUGACGUAUACAGAACUAUAAGUGUCAGUUCAAGAGGAGAGCAGUUUUUGGCCUCUUCAAGACCAGAUUAUCAACCUCCUUUAGUUUUGACAUUGACUGCUGAAAUGCUUGGAGAAGAAGAUAAUGGAAACACACAAGACGAAUUUAAAACUUUAUCCACUUCAGAAUUAGAUGGUUUUUCAGAGGCUGAGAGAAAGCUCCAUCAAAUGCUUUUGGAAGAAAGAUUAGAGCUUGCAAGAAGUGUUGGAACAGCUCCAUAUGCUAUCUGUGGAGAUCAAACGAUCAGGAAAAUUGCUUUGACAAGACCGUCUACAAAAGCAAGACUAGCAAACAUUAAUGGUGUAAAUCAGCACCUAGUGAUGAAAUAUGGAGAUCAUUUUCUUCAAGUUAUUCAGAAACUGUCACAAGGACUAAACCUAUCAUUGGACGGGGAAGAAAGGGUCCCAACGGCUAGUUUGCAAACUAAUACAGUAACGAAAGUGUCUCCACUAACCAACAAAUCCAAGAAGUUGACAUCAGCGAAGUUUGAAGCAUGGAAAAUGUGGCAUGAAGAUGGUCUUUCUAUUCACGAUAUUGCUAACUUAGAAGUUAGAUCGGCUCCUAUAAAAGAACAAACUGUUGCUGAAUAUCUACUGGAAGCUGCCCAAGAAGGAUUACCUUUUGAUUGGGUUAGAUUCAGCAAGAUGAUAGGACUCACUCAAGAGAUCAUGUCAGAAAUUCAGGGUGCUAUUUCAAAAGUUGGAUCUACAGACAAGCUGAAGCCUAUAAAAAAUGAAUUGCCAGAAGAUAUAAGUUAUCAGCACAUCAAGACUUAUUUGUCAAUGCGAAACUGUGGUAUAUCCUUGGAAACUAAUCAGUCUGGAAGUAACCAAACCGGGAAAGAUGACGAACUUGCACACAAUGCUUCAAAUUUGUCAGACUGUACUUUAGAAACAUGUCCUGACAGGCAAUGUGAAGAUGACAUUUCUGUAAAAGGUUUGGCUGAACAAAGUGACAUAGAAAUGGAUGAGGUACCUUCUUUACCUGUCAACGGUUCUGAGGAACAGAAUAUUUCAAAUGCCAGGGAAGGAGAAUUCACAAGAAAACGACAAAGGGUCAGUGAAACGGAGGAAGUAAACUCAACUAGAUUGAAGGCUACAGUGAGUUCUGUUGUAGAGUGGAUGAAGAACCUUGAUGAAGGGGCUACGUUGAGCAAUAUUUUGGAACACUUCAAUGGAUCCAGUGAAGAUUCUGUGGUUGAACUGCUCAAUUGCUUAGAGUGUGACUUUUUAAUAUAUAGGAAAGGGAACGUGUACAGGGUUUUGUAACAGUUUAUGCAUCGUAUUUUUGUAGAUCACGCUUGUGAAAAUCUAUUUCUUUGUAGUCUGUUGCAUUUUCACUACAAUGUUAACUGCCUAGAGUAAUGAACAUACUAGUCAUUUCAUAACAGCUCCAGGUGUUUAAAGGUAAAUACAUUUUUCGUUUUUCGGUUUA